AUGGCUGAAAACAACGCUAAACGAACUUCUGGUGAAGGUGAAAGUCAACUUGAAUCAAAAGAGGCUCCAUAUGGUGCAGAAUAUGCCAAAAGUGGAAGAGCUACGUGUAAAGGAUGUAAAGAACCAAUUGAAAAGGGGGCAUUGAGAAUGUCUGUCCGUUUCCAAUCAAAAUUUUUUGACGGCUUUCAGGAUAAUUGGCACCAUUUUGAGUGUUUCUGGAAAAAGGCUCGUAAAAACGACAUUAAUGAAGUGUCAAUCCGUGGAUUAGAUUGGCUUAAAUGGGAAGAUCAAGAACUUAUUCGUCAACGCAUUAAUGAACUUGCAGGUUUUUUAACAAAUUUUCAUUUAUUAUUGAAAACGUCAAUGGGCGCUUUAGACAUUUCCCCUACUUUUUACAAAUUUUUAAUUCUUUCAUUCAAAAUUUUAGCCUCCGGCGAUUCUGGCUACACACCUAAAACGGCAACAAUUAAAGUAGAACAUGCAAAAUCUGGUACAGGAAAAUGUUUUUCGUGCAAAGAGAAAAUUCCAAAGGAUGAACUUCGCAUUUCUGGUCGUUCUUCUUUUUAUCACGUUGAUUGUUUUCAUACAGCAAAUUCUGAUCAUAAGUUAUUUCAAAAAAGUGCAGAGGAAAUCGUGGGAUAUAAUCAAUUGGAUGCUGAUGAAAAAUCAAAAUUAGAAAAACUUUUCCCAAAGCCUCAAUCUACUGGACAAAAAAGAGAAUUUGAUAAUUCUGCUACCACUAGUGGAACUUCUAAUGAAACACCAGUGAUGAAGAAGGGAAAAACGGAAAAUGAUGAACUUAAGGCUGCUUUGAAGAAUCAAUCAGAUGUUUUAUGGAAAUUAAGAGAAGAAUUAAAGAAAAAUUUAAAUCAUGAGGAAAUGGAGGAACUUUUAGUUGCAAAUAAAAGCUACAAAUCAAAGAAAGGAGGACCUGAAAGGAUGCUAGAUAAAUUGGUGGAUAUGAUUGCCUUUGGACCGGCACAACCUUGCCCCCAAUGCAACAAAACUUUGACUUAUUACACCGAUAUACAUGCCUAUCGUUGUUCUGGAAGUGUCACAGAAUACACUCGCUGUCUUUAUACAACAAAGAAGCCUGGACGUACUCAAUUCCGCAUUCCAUCAGAAAUGAAAAAAGAAAAUAAAUAUUUGAAGAAAUUGAAAUCUCCUUUGCUUGAUGAGCGUGUUUAUCCAGCAGCUGCAUUUGAACAGAAGCCUCUUAGUGGAUCUAAAGCAUUUGGUUAUCUCAAUUAUGCGAGAAAUGAACAGGCAAAAUCUAAAGUAUCUGAAAAUAACAAUCAAAAGAUGGUCGUAAAAGGAGGAUAUGUUGUUGAUCCGAGAUGUGAUGUGGCAGAGACAACACAUGUUUAUGUUGAUCCAAUUACAAAACAUCCUUGGCAAGUUAAUUUGUCUGCUGUUGACAUAACUACUGGCAAAAAUUCGUUUUACAAAUUGCAGAUAGUUAAAGAUGAUGAAGGCUCAACAUUUUAUCUUUUUCGAGCUUGGGGAAGAGUAGGAACAACAAUUGGUGGUGUAAAAACUGAAGAUUAUGGAGAAGAUCUUGAAGCUUGUCAGAAGGAAUUUAAAUUUCAAUUCCAUGACAAAUGUUACAAUACUUGGGAGGAUUAUGUUGAAGGAAAUUUUAAGAAAGCUCCGGCUGGAAUGGAUAUUUUGGAAAUGGACGAACAGAAAAAUGAUGAAAAAAAGACAAGAAAGCUUAGCGUUGAAUCUUCUAAAUCAAAACUACCAAGAGAAAUAAAGGAAUUAAUUUCCUUGGUUUUUGACGUGAAAGCAAUGCAAAAUGCAAUGAUGGAAUUUGAGAUUGAUUUGGAAAAAAUGCCUUUGGGGCGUCUUUCAAAAAAUCACAUCCUUAAAGCCUACAAAGUUCUCAAAGAUUUGCAAUUUGCUUUGGAGAAACCAGAAGGUCCUUCAAAAAAUGAAGUUCUCGACUUUACAAAUCGUUUCUACACAUUAAUUCCUCACGCGCUAGGAUUUGGCCCUCCUCCAUUUAUUGACAGUCACGAAAUUUUAAUUUCAAAAACUUCAAUGUUAGACUCUCUUUUGGACAUUGAAAUUGCUUAUAAUAUUUUGAAGACAGAUCAAAAUGAAAUGGAAGAGAAUGGAACUAAAGAUAUUUUUGAUUUACAUUAUUCUAAAUUAAAUUGCUGUAUGGAGGUUCUUGAUAAAAAAUCGGAGGAAUUUGGUUUAAUUAAUCGUUAUUUGGAAAAUACUCAUGCUGCAACUCACACAAUUAAAUUGGAAAUUAUUAAUGUACUUAAAAUUCAGCGUUUAAUGGAAGUAAAAAAUUUUAAAAAAGAAAUGGGCAAUCGUUAUUUGCUUUGGCAUGGAAGUCGUCUAACAAACUAUGCUGGAAUUUUGAGUCAAGGGUUGAGAAUUGCUCCACCCGAAGCUCCUGUAACAGGAUAUAUGUUUGGGAAAGGAAUUUAUUUUGCUGACAUGGUUACAAAAUCAGCUAAUUAUUGUUAUGCAAUGUCUGGGGAAGGAUUACUUUUGCUUUGUGAUGUUGCUUUGGGAGAAAUACAAGAAGAAGUUGAUGCUAAAGAUUUGAAAAAACCUAAAAGGGGGAAAAAUAGUGUUAAAGGUUUGUUGACAUUUUGA